GUGCCUUUGCGGCAAGCAGAACGCAGAGCCGGGCAGCCGCCGGAGAUGCCUGGCGCUCUAUACUGAGGAGCGGCCGGCGGCGCAAUGGAGCGGGCCAGGGACCGCUUACACCUGAGACGGACUACAGAACAGCACGUACCAGCGGUGGAAGUCCGGGUCAAACGUCGGAGGACAGCCUCACUGAGCAACCGAGAGUGUCAGCUGUACCCAAGGCGAUCUCAGCAGCAGCAAAUACCUGCGGUGGAUUUCCAGGCCGAACUGAGACAGGCAUUCUUAGCUGAGACACCAAGAGGUGGUUAAAGCAGUAUUGGAACAUCCAGUAGCUGAUUGCCAAG